AUGUCUACAUUUUUUAAUCCAGGCGAGCAGCCCAAAGAGGGUAUUGUGCUUGGGAAUAAUGCUCCCUCUGACACAGAUAGUCACAGUCGUCCACAGUUUAAGGGGAAAGCUUCCUCUAAAGCGGCGAGUGAGAAGAGCACGUUGAUUGAGGAACCGAGGAAUUCCAACGCUUCCAGGACUUCCAAUAUUCGAGCCGAAGAUACCCAGAAGGAUACUGCCAAUGGUACUACCAGUACCACCGCCAAUGAGACUGCCAAGAAUGAAGAAGACUCCAACAAGGAAUCCGCAGUCAAGGACAAUGCGGAGAAGGAGGUCAAAGACGACGAAAAUAAAGCAGACAGCGAUGUCGACGGCGAGAAGAGUCACGAGCCCGAAAUCGAAUAUCCAGCGGCGUGGAGGCUUGUUCUUAUUACCAUUGCGCUAUGUUUCUGUGUGUUCUGCGUGGCAUUGGAUAACACUAUCAUUGCAACCGCCAUUCCCAAGAUUACCGAUCAAUUCAACUCUCUCGACGACGUUGGCUGGUAUGGAAGUUCCUACUUGCUCACUACUUGCGCUGUCACCCUGAUUUUCGGGAAAUUCUACACCUACUACUCUAUCAAAUGGAUUUACCUCGCCGCCCUUUCCGUCUUCGAGAUCGGUUCCCUCGUCUGUGCCACAACUCCGACCUCCGUUGGUCUUAUCUGUGGUCGGGCUAUUGCUGGUCUCGGUGCUGCGGGUCUAUUCUCUGGUUCUAUCUUGAUCAUUGGCCAGACUGUUCCGCUUGACAAACGGCCGAUGUAUACCAGUCUUAUUGGUGCUAUGUUUGGUAUUGCAAAUGUCGCUGGUCCUCUUUUGGGCGGUGCUUUCACUGAUAGACUCUCCUGGCGCUGGUGUUUCUAUAUCAACUUGCCUAUCGGAGCUGUGACCUUCUUAUGUAUUAUCUUCUUCCUCCCUGCAAACAAGCCAUUGAAAGAGAAGGGUAAUUGGAAGAAACAACUGGGCGAAUUUGACCUUCUCGGUUCCCUCUUUUCCUUCCAUCCAUCAUCUUGGGGCGGUACCAAAUAUGCUUGGGACAAUGCCCGAGUCAUUGCGCUCUUCGUCGUUUUCGGAGUCCUUUUCUUCGUCUUCGCCGUCCUGCAAUGGUGGGGACAGGACCGUGCAACUGUUCCCCCUCGUCUGAUCAAGAACCGAAACAUCUGGGGCGCGGCGUGGUAUUCGUGUGCUCUGGGUGGUGCAUACUUCGUUUUGACCUACUAUCUCCCAAUCUGGUUCCAGGCUAUCAAAGGCGCAACAGCAAUCAAAUCUGGCAUCAUGAAUCUUCCCAUGAUCAUCGCCGUGGUCGUCGUUUCUCUUCUCGCUGGCGGCCUCGUCACAGCCUGUGGCUACUACACACCCUUCAUGAUUGCCUCAUCAAUCAUCAUGACUAUUGGUGCCGGCCUUCUCAGCACCCUGCAAGUUGACUCCGGCCACCCUAAGUGGAUCGGCUACCAAGCGCUCUUCGGCAUCGGUCUCGGACUUGGAAUGCAACAACCGAUGAUGGUCAUGCAAACGGCGCUGAACCCCAUGGACGUCCCUAGCGGCACGGCGAUUGUUAUGUUCGCACAAACGCUGGGUGGUGCCAUCUUCGUCUCGGUCGGACAGAACGUUUUCCAGAAUCAACUCUUCCAGAAUCUUGCUCACUAUGCGCCUGAUGCCCCGGCCGCGCAAUUAGUCUCCGCUGGUGCGACCAUGCUGCGUACUCUUGUCACAGGUGAUGAACUGCAUCGUGUCCUUGUUGCGUACAAUGAGGCUAUCAUGCAGACCUUCUAUGUCUCUGUUGCGAUGGGUGCUUUGACCCUUGUCGGUCCGAUCUUUGUUGAAUGGCUCUCUGUUAAGGGGAAGAAGAUUGAGAUGCCCGCUGCUUGA